CUUCCCCACUGCAUGCAACCAUCACCAACCAUUCUGGCUUUUCUAUUGCCUCUUAAUUGCUGAUGGGUCAAGCCCCUGCAGCUAAGGCUGAUUGCUCUAGCCGAAGUGCUUGGCCAAUUGUUGUUCUGGCCAGCUACACGUGUGACAUCGUACCUUGCUUUGCCCGCUUAUCAACUGCACGCGAGCGAUGAGAUAACCAUGCCGGCUCAUCACGAUAUAAGUCCGCUACCAAGUCGCUGUCAUGUCGGUGAACAGAUGCUUGUCAACUGGGUCCUCUCAAGUCAAUUCACCCAUUCAAUUCUCCAAGCCACGCGACCAUGAGGACCACUGCUGCGUCCGCCCUGCUUGUCGCUCUCUCCGCGACGGUUGCUCAGGCACGUCCUGUCGCGGAUGAACGCUACCCAUACACCGGACCGGCGGUUCCCGUCGGAGACUGGGUCGAUCCCACCGUCAAUGGCAAUGGCAAAGGCUUCCCGCGUCUGGUUGAGCCCCCCGCUGUUCGCCCGGCCAGCGCAAAUCCUCGCAACAAUGUGAACGUCAUCUCCUUGUCCUAUAUUCCCAAGGGUAUGCAUAUUCACUACCAGACCCCCUUUGGGCUGGGCCAGACUCCCUCUGUGAUCUGGGGAAAGAGUCCUCACCAGCUGAACAAGGUGGCUCGCGGGUACACCCACACCUACGACCGCACCCCUUCGUGCUCUGAAAUCAAAAUUAUCACUCAAUGUAGCGAGUACUUCCAUGAGGUCAGCUUGGAGAACCUCGAGCCAGGCACCACCUACUACUACCAGAUUCCAGCCGCCAACGGCACGACCACAUCUGAAGUGCUGAGCUUCAAGACGGCGCGCGAGGCCGGUGACAAGGGUUCCUUCAGCGUUGCCGUGCUGAAUGACAUGGGUUACACCAACGCGCAUGGCACCCACAAGCAACUAAUCAAGGCUGCCAACGAGGGAACGGCCUUUGCCUGGCACGGCGGUGAUAUCAGCUACGCCGACGACUGGUAUGAAGGUAUCCUGCCGUGUGAGUCCUCGUGGGACGUGUGCUACAAUGGCACCAGCACGGAACUGCCCGGUGACCUGCCGCUCCCAGAGGAGUAUAAGAAGCCACUCCCCGCGGGUGAGAUUCCCAAUCAGGGCGGUCCUCAGGGUGGUGACGUCAGCGUCAUUUAUGAGUCGAACUGGGAUCUCUGGCAGCAGUGGCUCAGCAACGUCACCGUCAAGAUCCCGUACAUGGUCAUGCCCGGCAACCAUGAAGCGGCAUGCGCCGAGUUCGAUGGUCCAGGCAACGUGCUGACAGCCUAUCUGAAUGAUGACAUCGCCAACGGAACGGCUGCGAAGGAUGAGUUGAAUUACUACAGCUGUCCCCCGUCUCAGCGCAACUUCACCGCUUACCAACACCGCUUCCGCAUGCCCGGCGAGGAAACUGGUGGUGUCGGGAACUUCUGGUAUUCCUUCGACUACGGCUUGGCGCACUUUGUCUCAAUUGACGGCGAAACCGACUUCGCCAACAGCCCUGAGUGGCCCUUUGCUGAGGAUGUUACGGGCAACGAGACCCUUCCCACGGCGGAGGAGACGUUUCUCACCGACAGUGGUCCCUUCGGCGCCGUGGACGGCAGCUACAAGAACACCAAGAACUACGCCCAGUACAAGUGGCUGCAGCAGGAUCUGGCCCAGGUUGACCGCAGCAAGACCCCUUGGGUGUUUGUCAUGAGCCACCGCCCCAUGUACAGCUCUGCGUACUCGUCGUACCAGCUGCACGUACGGGAGGCGUUCGAGGGAUUGUUGCUAAAGUAUGGGGUUGAUGCUUACUUUUCUGGACACAUCCACUGGUACGAACGCCUCUACCCCCUUGGCGCCAACCAGACGAUCGACACCGCCAGCGUUCUCAACAACAACACCUACAUUGCCAACAACGGCAAGUCUAUCACUCACAUCAUCAACGGCAUGGCGGGCAACAUCGAGAGCCACAGUGAAUUCAGCGAGGGCCAGGGGCUGACGAACAUCACGGCCGUGCUGGAUACCGUACACUACGGGUUCAGUAAAUUGACUGUCGAGAGCGAGACGGAGGUCAAGUGGCAGUUUAUCAGGGGCGACGACGGGUCGGUGGGCGACGAGGUGACGCUGUUGAAGCCGGCGGCUGUGAAGGGCUCGAAGGGGAAGGGCAAGAGAUAUUCUGGCUUCCGGGCGUGAAGGAAAAGUUGUGAUCCAGAUGGUGAUGUUAUGUAAUCUACGUAUAUUGCUGCAGGCGAUGUUUAUGUGAAUAUAAAAUUGAGAGUCCGG